AUGCGGAACCCUUUCGAUUUGGACAACGACAGUAUCGAUGGGGACUCGGAAGCUGCUCAGGAUGAGUACGAGAUCCCCUUGCACCCCCACCCUCGUGAAACCGACGAUGGGGAGCGGGCAAUCUUGCAAGAUGAAGACCGUCGUGGCGAUGACCUGAAGGAGCGAUUUAUUGGUACCAUUGACCAAGGUACAACGAGUACUCGCUUUAUUAUUUUCGACUGCACAGGCAACCCCAUUGCCAAAUAUCAGACAGAGUUCCGUCAGAUUCAUGAACAUCCAGGUUGGCACGAGCAAGACCCUUAUGAAUUGGUGGAGUCGGUCUAUAUUUGCAUCGAGGAAGCAAUGAAAUCAUUCCUUGCUCUAGGUCACUCUCGAUCCGAUAUUGAAGCAGUGGGAAUUACUAGUCAACGAGAAACCGCUCUAGUUUGGGACUGGGAGACUGGAGAGCCUCUUCACAAUGCAAUUACCUGGACUGAUACUCGAACCAUGAAUUUGGUACGUGAGUUGAAGGCCAAGCCCGGUGCUGAUGAUUUGGUGAAUAUUUGCGGUUUACCCCUCUCCACAUACCCCUCAUCCGUGACCCUUAGGUGGAUGCUGGAUAACCUACCCGAUGUCCGCUCCGCCUACGACGAGGGCCGUGCUGCGUUCGGCACGGUCGACACCUGGCUUAUCUAUAACCUCAACGGAGGUCCCCAGAACAAGCGUUUGGUUACCGAUGUGACCAAUGCUUCCCGUACUAUGUUCAUGAACCUCGAGACCCUCCAAUACGACGACCGAUUGCUCAAUUUCUUCGAUAUCGAUAAGACGAAGAUUCGUCUCCCGGAGAUUUUCCCUUCAGCCGAUCGCGAGGGUUUCGGUGAGAUUUGUGAGGGUCCGUUGGAGGGUGUGCGGAUUACUAGCUGUCUGGGUGACCAGGCGGCUGCGUUAGUCGGUCACUGUGCCUUUACCCCAGGAUCUGCUAAGAACACAUACGGUACUGGCUGCUUCCUUCUGUAUAACGUGGGUGAGAAACCUGUUAUCUCCAAGCAUGGUUUGCUCGGUACCGUUGGUUUCCAAUUGGGUCGAGACCGCAAACCAGUCUAUGCUUUGGAAGGAAGUGUGGCCGUGGCAGGAAGUGGUGUGUCAUUCCUCAUGAACAACAUGGGCUUCUUCCGUGACUCGCGUAAGGUCAGUGAUCUGGCUGCGACCGUUCCUGACAGCGGAGGCUGUGUAUUCGUCACUGCGUUCAGUGGUCUUUUCGCACCAUACUGGAUUGAUGACGCCAAGGGAACCAUCUGGGGUAUCACCCACCACACACAACGAGGACACAUUGCCCGUGCGACCAUGGAAGCAGCGUGUUUCCAAACCAAGGCUAUUCUCGAUGCCAUGGAAAUGGACAGUGGCAAGAAGUUGACCGAAUUGGCUGUCGACGGUGGUAUGAGUAAUUCGGAUAUUUGCAUGCAGACCCAAGCCGAUAUCAUCCAAAUUCCCGUCGAACGCCCCGCAAUGCACGAAACCACUGCCCUGGGUGCCGCAAUCGCUGCCGCCUUUGCCAUUGACGUCUGGAAAGACUUCUCUGACCUUAAAUAUAUGAACCGUGCCAACCGCACGACCUUCGAACCCACUAUCUCCAAGAAAGCCAGCGCACGGAUGUACAAACAGUGGUCUAAGGCCGUGGAGAUGUCUCGAGGCUGGAUGGAAACGAAAGAGGAAUCGGACGACGAAGAGUAA